GGGCACCGCAGACACAGGAGCGCACAGCUCUCUCCUGUCUACUCUAAGUGCGCGCGAGCGCCACAGAUCCUCAGAGCAGAGCAGAGAGGCGCACAUCUCACUCAGCGCUCGUCUCCGAGCCUGCAUCAACAUCACCUCCCCCCGACCUCUCUCUAUCUAAAUCUCAUUCUUUGUUUGUUUGAUUGAAGUUUGUUUGAAAAGAACUCGCUCUAGGACACCCCGUAGUAGUUGUAGACACCUCGUCGACACCUCGAGGACGAGGACGGCGACGCCCAGCAGCAGCGGCUCCAUUAGCUAGGAAGUCAGGGAGGAGGAAGCCGCUCAGCGAGAGGCAGCAGCAGCAGCAGCAGCAGAUGAAAGCAGGUAGGGGAUGAGCGAGAGGAGCAUUUUGUCGUCGGCGCAUUGUCGAGGGAACGAGCAGGAGCAGCAGGAAGUUGUAGGGACUAGAAGUGAAGACAGCAGCAGCCGCAGCAGCAGCAGCAGCAGCAAGAGUAGUUGGCGCGCAGGAGCAGAGGCACGCUGGGAGAGGCGGACGUGAUUCUUGUGCUGGGGAGUGGCAACUCCACAGUGUGAUGCGGUGCAUGGGUGGGUUGUGGGUGGUGCUACUACUAUGGAGCUCCGUACUCGGAUCGUUUUCCGUUCAAGGUUAUCCGCAAGGCUAUGAGUACCCGACCUGGAGCCCCACGCAGGUGAAGGAGGGCAACCAUCCGCCGGGCGUCGGGCACCAUCCUCCGGGAGUGGGAGGCCAUGGUGACGAUGCGGGCGGGCACCCUCCGGGCGUGGGAGGCCACCCUCCAGGCGUCGGCCAUCACCCGCCGGGCGUGGGGCACCAUUCGCCCAUCAAGGAUGCGGUGUACGCGCUGCUCUCGUGGAAGCGGGCCAUCUACAGCGAUCCGCUCAACAUCACAGGCUCGUGGGUCGGGGACUACCCAUGCUACACGGACGACGAUAGGAAGUGGGUCGGGGUGUUCUGCGAAGUGGACCCCGAGACGGACGAGCUCGUAGUGGCGGGGAUAGAUCUGAAUCACGGCAUGCUGGCCGGCACCUUGGUGCCCGAGCUGGGCUACUUGAAAACCGUGGGCAUCUUCCACAUCAACAGCAAUUACUUCCAUGGCAGCAUCCCCAACACGUUCAGGAAGCUGCGGAAGCUGACGGAGCUGGAUGUGAGCAACAACAUGCUCUCGGGGAGCUUCCCCCGCGUGGUGCUCAGGUUGCCAUCGCUGAUCUACUUGGACAUCCGAUUCAACAAAUUCUACGGUCCUCUGCCCGAUGACCUCUUCGACCUGCCUCUGGACGCGCUCUUUGUGAACAACAAUGAUUUCGACGGCUUCUUGCCAUCGUCGUUAGGACGGUCGCCCGUGUCAGUCAUGGUGGUGGCGAACAACAAGCUCGGGGGCCGUGUCCCGACCUCAAUUAAGAACAUGUCUUCGACACUAAAUGAGAUUCUAUUUCUGAACAAUCAAUUCGAGGGUGCUCUGCCCGGCGAGAUCGGCGCCCUCAACCAAGUUGUGGUGUUCGACAUUGCCAAGAAUAAUCUGCUCAGCACUCUGCCCAACAGCAUUCAGAACAUGGAGAGCUUGGAAGCCUUCGACAUCGCCGAGAACCAGUUCUACGGCGACUUGACGGCGGAGCUGUGCAAUUUGCCCAAUUUGGCGAAUGUCACUGUCGUCGACAAUUACUUCACCGGAUUGUCUCCGGCCUGCGCCAAUCUCACCGCUCGCGGUGUCAUCUUCAACUUCGGCGGAAACUGUUUCGGUGGAGUCGCUGGCCAGAAGGACAACCAGACUUGUGCUGAGUUCUACCAAAGGUUGUUCCCGUCGCCCCCUGCUCCCGUGAGCUUGCCCCCUCCCACUCCUUCUCCCCCUCCACCAUCUCCAUCGCCGUCUCCCCCUCCUCCAUCUCCAUCGCCAUCCCCCCCACCACCAUCUCCAUCUCCUCCUCCACCAUCACCCCCUCCCCCACCCCCGUCUCCUCCCCCACCAUCUCCUUCCCCUCCCCCACCACCAUCUCCUCCUCCCCCAUCUCCAUCGCCUCCCCCUCCAUCUCCCCCUCCUCCACCCCCGUCUCCCCCACCACCAUCACCAUCUCCUCCCCCUCCAUCUCCCCCACCUCCAUCACCACCUCCUCCUUCGCCAUCUCCCCCACCUCCAUCCCCACCUCCCCCACCACCAUCGCCUCCUCCUCCUUCCCCAUCUCCCCCACCCCCAUCACCGCCUCCUCCAUCCCCAUCUCCCCCACCUCCAUCUCCCCCUCCCCCAUCGCCAUCGCCUCCUCCUCCUUCUCCACCACCACCACCACCCCCGUCUCCACCCCCACCCCCAGCUCUGCCACCUUGCUCGAACUUCUUCCCUCCCCCAUCGACCGGCAAUCCUUCGCCAUGGGGUCCUCCUCCGGAUUCAAACAAUCCUUCACCCUGGGGACCUCCCCCAGACUGGUGGACUCCUCCCCCAUCCAAGUCCCCCCCUCCUCCACCAUCUCAGUGGAGCGAUCCUUCUCCUCCCUGGUCCAGCCCCCCUCCUGCCCCAUACUGGUCGUCUCCCCCAUCUCCACCAUGGGCUCAACCCCCUGCCUGGACCUUCCCCUCACCCCCACCUCCAAGCCCAUCGCCCCCUCCCCCAAGCCCAUCUCCCCCUCCCCCAUCCCCCUCACCUCCACCCCCAUCACCGUCUCCUCCACCCCCAAGCCCAUCUCCCCCUCCCCCAUCUCCAUCACCCCCUCCCCCAAGCCCAUCACCCCCACCACCAUCUCCAUCUCCCCCUCCACCAUCGCCUUCCCCACCACCUCCCUCGUAUACCCCACCCCCAGUGUCAUCCCCGCCCCCUCCAUCUCCAACCUGGACUCAACCUUCACCCCCACCCCCAACGUACUCUCAGUCGUCGCCGCCACCACCUGCGUGGUCAUCGCCUCCCUGGUCACAACCGCCAACAGAAACGUCACCACCCCCUCCAGCGCCUGUAUAUGCACCACCACCCUUCCCACCCUGCCAAAUGGCACCAGGAGAAACAUGGCCUACGUCAUGGGGAGCUCCUCCUCCUUGGGUUUACAUGUCUCCUCCUCCUGCCGAAUCUCAUUCUCCACCAAAGUAUUAAUGGUGAUAAACAAACAGAAUUAGAGAAGCAUCCUUCGCCGGUAUUGAGUUCUCGCUUGAGAGGUAGGAAAGAAGGGUGGCUUUUUAGGUUGGUUACUUGCAGUCGUAUGCUUACAGGGAAACUUUACAAGGGGGAGAAACAGUUGUAAGAUCGCAGCAGGCAUUACAUUAUCAAUGAUCAACGGACUAGGUUUAUUCGCUGUAUUGGAAUGGUUGGGGGUGACAAAGCACGCCACCCCUUCUGCUGCUCUGUAUUCACUGUGCUGCAAUCUAUUUAAAUUAAUUCAGGACUCAUUCUUUGUCUUAGAACUCUUAGGUUGAUUAUUAUAAAAGAUUGUCAUUGGAAGAUGUUUGGUUUUCCGUGUGUGGAUUCCUUUUCCACCAUUGGUUGUGAACUGUUUCUUGAUGAAUAAAACUUUCAUUUAAGCUU